GCCAUUGGUUUCACUUUAGGAUCUAAGAAGUUGUGUGUAUAUUUGUUUUGUGUUCCCUACAUAUCCAAUGUGAUAUAUACCUUUAUUUGGACAUGAGGCGCAAACAGGCUGUACGUGAAGUGCGCAGCUCAGAACGUCUGAAGAGAAAAAACAGCGUGCUCCACUCCGAAGCCAAUUCUACAUACGAGAGUUCUCUCAAGAAGGCUGUUUCCCAGCGUUCUUCGAAACAGCAGAAAUGUGAAGACCUGGCUGAGACUGUGGAUCAUCUCUCUGCUGGGAAACCACUUGAAAAUGGAGAUGGCAAUGCGGAGAGAGACAGCCUGGGGAAACAUGGGGAGCAGUGCACAACAGAAACCGGGAAGAACAAGCCCUCCCACCCAGACACUAACGAGACUAGUGACGGCUGCCUCCGAUUAGAAACGGCUGCAAAGAAUGGCAGCAUUCAGGAUGCCCAGUUGGUUCCCAGAGUUGAAUUCCAGUUGGAUAACAGCAUCUUUAUCGAUGAAGACAGCAACCAACCAAUGCCUGUGGGCCAGUUCUUUGGGAACAUUGAACUUGUACAGGACUAUCCUGCGAAGGCUCCAGCUGCUGUGCCGAUGAGCAGACGAGAAUACAGAAAGUUACACUUCAUAGCCAAAGACGACGAUGAUGAUGACGACGACGAUGAAGACAGCCUCCUAGAAGCACCUCAGCAAAAUGGUGUCUUGCAACAAACGAAAACCAGGAAAAACGGACUCUUUUGAUCUCUGGGAGGGGGGGAAGAAAAAGCAGCCCCUUGUCAGAAGUGCCUAACUGCAUUUUCAUUCUGUGACUACAUUCCUUCUGCGCAGGCAAGAAUCCCAAGCUGUUAGGUUUGGGGUGAUCGUGGAGGUCAGAUGAUGUUAUACUGUAUACUGGUCUUUUUAAUAUGAAGGAGAUAAGUAACAGAAGCCAAAAUCAGAUGGGUUCUUUUUUUUCUAACAGUGGACAGUCCUUUCCUAUUUAAUAAGCUUGCACUAAACCAAACGGUUUUAAACCAAUGACUGUAUUAAAAAUAUUGUGAGGUACUCCUUUUAUAUCUCUCACCAUGCCAUUACCAUUCUAAGCCAUGCUUUGUCUACUGCAGUUGUAGCUUCUUUACUGUUACAUUGUUACAUGUUUAUUGACUCAUUUUGAAUGAAGUGAUUGUUAGCAUAACACUAUUCAAUAAAUCUCAGUGUGUUGGAUUAGGUAUAAAAAGAACAUGCUUUGCACCUGAAAUGAAGGGUAUUGUUAAUAAUAUUCACAUUUUAAAAAUGUGUUAACUGUUGUAUCAGGUAUUGGUAAGAACUGCAAAACUGUACUUCUGAAAAGUUUGUUCCCUUUAUUUGGAAACUUUGUUCUUGAGCUGUGAAUAAGCACUCAGUUCAGAUGGAGUGAUCUUUAGCUUUAUUGUCUAUCAGUGGUUUAAAAGAUGCCUGUAAAGUUUUUUUUUUUAUUUUUGUUUCAACCAUGCACGUUGUGUUGGUUUUUUCCUUUCUCCUGGAUAUAUUAAAGUUUUCUAUUAAAAUUAAA